GUAAUCUUUUUCAUAUGUUUCAAUUCGAUUAUAGCGUUUGCUCUUCUUCACCAUCUGUUUGGUUGCCGAGAAAACACAGGAAAACGGAAGGCAAAAAUUUAAAACAGCAUACAAGUUUACAAACAAUAUGGCCAUUAAAGGCAGCUGAACAACUUGAUAAGAUGUAUCUCCAGUUUUACAUAAAUGAGAAUGGGGACAAAGUGUACACCACCAAGAAAGAAUCACCGCUUGGAUUGGCUACAGAAUCUGCUCAUCCAGCUCGCUUCUCCCCCGAUGACAAAUACUCAAGACAGAGAGUUCUUCUAAAGAAGCGGUUUGGGUUGUUGCCAACCCAAAAGCCACCUCCAAAGUAUUGAGCACUCGACAAGGUUCUUGCUCAGAAGUAGUGUUCCUUGUGCAGAUGUUGCUUCUAGUAUUAAACCUAGCUUUUUAAGUAAUAGCCAUUGCAGUGUCUGUAACAUGUGUCAUGUAACGUUAUGAUUGAUAGACAAUAUUGUUAUGAAUUAUGUAAAUGUUAUGACGUGUUAUGUAAAGUCGGAGAUUCAGUGGCCUUGUUGGUAGCCUGUAACAUGUGUUAUGUAACGAUAUGAUUGAUGACAAUAUUGUUAUGAAUUAUGUUAUAUAUUGUUUUAACGAAGCCAAAGACUCGAUAGCUUAGUUAGUAGAGUGUUUCCCGAGCGAAUGUGCUCAUGUUCCCUCUCCCAAAAAAAAAAAAAAAAAAAAAAAAACAAA